CACACUCUGCCCCCAAACAGCUCCAAAAUCGGUUGUCGUCGCGAAAAGUGCGAAUCGAGUGCAUAUUUGCUGCAAAAAGAAGCGAGAACACGGUGACGUGACGAAAGCAUUCGAGUGACGAAGAGUGCGAGCGCGCUGCAUUUGUUUACGAUUCCGAUUCCGAUGCCAUUGGUCAAUUGGUAAGGGGCUUUGGGAAGUGUAAGAGGAAGAGCGUGCGGCGCGGCAAGUAACGAAAGAAGAAGAAGCAGCAGCAGCAGGGCACACGCAACGUGCAACAUUGUGUGCGAGCGUGUGUGCGUGUUUGUUUGUUUGUGUGACAAAAAUACAACAAGUGCAAGCAACAAUAGUUAGCGGCAGCAACAACAACAGCACCGAAACUCCUUGCCAGAACGAGACAGCAAUAACAACAGGAGUGCGAAAGCGGGAGAGAAAGAGAGACAGCUGUUAUUGUUGUUGUUGUUGCUUUACAAUGUUUAAUGGGAAACCUGCCGCCAAAACAACAACAAAUCAGGUAUGACGGAGGAAAUAACCGGCGAUUGGAGCUACUACGUGUAUAUAUCGCUGACGUUGGUUCCAGUCUAUUUGGCAUUUCGGCUCAUUAAGUCGCUGGGCUGGCAGCUCUUCGUCAACAACUGAGCAAACAUCUGGACCCGAAACUGUAGCUCAAGCUGAAGCUGAAGCUGAAGCAACAUAUAUCUGUGGCACAAACUGAAACUGAAGUUGCAGCCGUCAUCAGGGGAAUCCGUCGUCGCGGAAAAAAGGAAAAAGACGAGCGCGGCCAAAGUCGAUGAGCGUGUUAUCAAUGUGUAUAUAUAUUUUGUAAGAAUGCAAUAAAUGGAAAGCCAGGACUAGAAGGCGGCAGAACAAGAGGAGUGAUAAAUAGGGGAACCUGCGGCAGCUGCUAGGAUUGCCAGUUGGACAGUCGGGACACUGCCAGGAUUGCCAGGAUCGUGUUCUGUUGUGUUAUGCUGCGUUGUUGUUGGCCAAGCCAACCGUUGUUGUUGCUGCUUCUGGCUGGCCAAAAAGGAGCAAACAAAAGGCGAGGCGAUGCAAAGCAAUCAACGUCAUAAGCAGGAGCAGCAGCAGGACCAGAACCAGCACCAGAAACAGGAACAGAGACCAGAACACAGACCGGAACAGGACCACCAAGACCGUGGACGGAGUUAUUGUGGUGGCACCGCCAAGCCGCCGCCGCAUCAGCAUCAGCAUCAGCAGUAUCCUGCACUAUAGGCACAUCACCGCCAGCCCGUCCAACACCCAACAUACCGCAUCCUCCCGAUAUUCCCACCCUCCGCAUCCUUGGCAAACAAGAGGAGCUGGCAUCACAAGGAGCAACACGGCAAACGGGGCACUAGCAACAGCAACAGCAACUGCCUUGCUAUAGCAAAAGCAAAAGCCAAAGCAAAACUCUCGCUUUGAGGACCUCAAGAAAACCAAUUUACAUAUUUAAGCUUUGGGCAAACGUAGAUGCGGAGUAGCAACUAGACGCAAUCAAUAGGAGCUGGGAUAAGAAAAAAUACCGACGAGUGGGCGCCUCCGGGAAGAAGAGAGCAGCACUCCACACCACUCCACCCCACACACCAGAUCAGAUCAGAUUGGAGAAGGCCAGGAGUAGACCACAUCAUCGUCAUUCGCCGUCAUCCGAAUCAAAGGCCAGUUAUCUGCGACACCUAGACCAUCGCCAGAAUGCGACUGCCAUAUCGAAAUAAGAAGGUCACCCUGUGGGUGCUCUUCGGCAUCAUCGUCAUCACCAUGUUCCUAUUCAAAUUCACCGAACUGCGGCCCACAUGCCUCUUCAAGGUGGACGCCGCCAACGAGCUCUCCUCCCAAAUGGUUCGCGUUGAGAAAUACCUCACAGAUGACAAUCAACGCGUUUAUUCAUACAACCGUGAGAUGCCAUUAAUAUUCAUAGGCGGCGUGCCGAGAUCUGGGACGACUUUGAUGCGCGCCAUGCUGGAUGCCCAUCCCGAUGUGCGCUGCGGGCAGGAAACCCGUGUCAUUCCGCGCAUCCUGCAGCUGCGCUCGCACUGGCUGAAGUCCGAGAAGGAGUCGCUCCGCCUGCAGGAGGCCGGCAUCACCAAAGAGGUCAUGAACAGUGCCAUCGCGCAGUUCUGUCUGGAAAUCAUCGCCAAACACGGCGAGCCGGCGCCGCGCUUAUGCAACAAGGAUCCGCUGACGCUGAAAAUGGGCUCCUAUGUCAUCGAGCUAUUUCCGAACGCUAAAUUCCUAUUCAUGGUGCGCGACGGCCGGGCGACAGUUCAUUCGAUUAUAUCGCGCAAGGUGACAAUCACCGGCUUCGAUUUGAGCAGCUACCGGCAGUGCAUGCAGAAGUGGAACCACGCCAUCGAGGUGAUGCACGAGCAGUGCCGGGACAUCGGCAAGGACCGCUGCAUGAUGGUUUACUAUGAGCAGCUGGUACUGCAUCCCGAGGAGUGGAUGCGAAAGAUACUGAAAUUCCUGGACGUGCCAUGGAACGAUGCGGUGCUGCACCACGAGGAGUUCAUAAAUAAACCGAACGGUGUGCCUCUGUCCAAGGUGGAACGUUCGUCGGACCAGGUUAUCAAGCCGGUUAAUCUGGAGGCGAUGUCCAAAUGGGUUGGCCAAAUACCCGGCGACGUGGUGCGCGACAUGGCCGACAUAGCGCCCAUGCUGUCCGUGCUCGGCUACGAUCCGUACGCGAAUCCGCCGGACUAUGGUAAGCCAGAUGCAUGGGUGCAGGACAACACGUCGAAGUUAAAGGCCAAUCGAAUGCUGUGGGAGAGUAAGGCGAAGCAAGUGCUGCAGAUGUCAUCCAGCGAGGAUGACAACACGAACACCAUCAUCAACAAUAGCAACAAUAAGGAUAACAACAAUAAUCAGUACACAAUCAAUAAAAUUAUACCAGAACAACACAGCAGACAGCGGCAACAUGUACAGCAGCAACAUCUGCAGCAGCAGCAGCAGCAGCAUCUGCAACAGCAGCAACAUCAGCGGCAGCAGCAACAGCAGCAACGUGAGGAGGAGAGCGAGUCGGAAAGGGAAGCGGAACCGGAUCGAGAACAACAAUUGUUGCAUCAAAAGCCAAAGGAUGUCAUUACGAUAAAGCAGCUGCCAUUAGCUGGGAGCAACAAUAACAACAUCAACAAUAACAUCAACAACAACAACAACAACAACAACAUCAUGGAGGACCCCAUGGCGGAUACAUGAUAUCCGCACAUACCCAUAAGACUGCCGCGUGGCAAGCAUUGAAUCUGGCUAACUCUCUUGGCUGCCGAUAAGGACAACGAUAAUGAUAACUGUUGCUGCUGCUGCUGUUGCAAGAAACCAAUUUUAAAUUGUAUUAGCCGAGACCUUUACAUGCUUGAUACAUAUAUGUACGUGUAUUAAUGCUUCGUGAAGUUACAAAAAAAAAAGAAAAAAAAAACAAUUAACAAACAAACAACAGAAUAAGUAGUUACACUCUAAAGAACGUUUCGUGACGAAAAGACUUAAAGUUGCAGGGAGAAAUGCCAAUUUAAAAGCCAACCUCGCCCUACGCCCUUUAAUUCGUAGUAAUUUAAUUUAUGCCUUAAUUAAUAUCUCAUAACUGGAUUUACCUUAAUGCGGGCUGGGCGUUGAAUUAUUAAAUUUAUUGUGCAAUGAAUUGCUUAAUUUGGUCCAUUGAAAUGGUCAGUACAAUUACUAUUACCUUGAUUACCAGCUAAUCGUGUUCAAUUGAUAAGCUACUUAAUUUAAUGAAAAAUUGCAUUCAUAUAAUUUAGUUCGAACUUUCGAUUGAAUGCGAUUUUUUAAAUAAUUUAAAGGCGACUAAAAUAUGAUACGUCUUUUGUUUAAUCGUACGGUUGGCAUUUACCCCUUCCUUCCCAUGUCGUCUCACAGUCAAGAAACGCACUGUAUGCCUAAAUAUUAAUAAAUGUGUUGCAAGAUAAAAUGAUAACCACCAAAAGAAGCUGAAGAAAAAAACGAGAAGUUUUUGCAAUGAAGAAGAUGCAGGAAAUCCAUUGCAUACUCUCACCGACCUCGUUUACAAUAUGAAAAAAAAAAUAACAAAACAUUUUAAUUUAGUUUAGAACUCUUUUUAAGCCUUUUUUGUACGAAUGUUUUUUGAGAGACUCGUGUCGGUUUAUCACUUAGAACCCCCCCCCCCCCCUUUUUUUUGUAUCUGUAAUUGUGUACAUAAAAUAUAAAUAUCUGAAUUAUGUUUCCCACUAAUCGAAUGAAUCUCUACCUGAAAUUCGUCUAUGGGCUCGCGGAAUCUUUAUAGGUUUUUAUAAGGAAUCCAUUACAAUAUAAAAUUAAGCACUGUUUAUAGUUUGCAAACGGUAGGACAAAGCAAAACGAAGUGUUACAUUUUUAACGAAAAGAGCUUUUAAGGUGUUUAGUUUAAUAACUGUAAUCGUAUAUAAAAUAUUUGUUGCUGAUGACAAAGAAAAAAAGACGUGAACUAGUAUAGAAAUACUACAGUUUUGUAAACUUUUUUUUUUGUGUUGCAAUAAAUUGACUGAAUGUAAAGAAAACCAAUUUAAUAAAACCAUAUAUAUAUAUAUAUAUAUAUCUAUAUAAAUGUAUACCUUAAACUGAGUGUCUAAAUGUAAAUGAAAGUUGUAAUAGAUUUUAAAUGUAUAUGUGUGCGUGCAGUUAGUGAGAGGAAUCGAAGGUAGCUAAGCUAAAUUAUUUGGUCUAGGAAAUGUACUUCAAACUCAAAUGGCUGACAUAGAUCAGCAAAAGAACGAGGACACCGAAAAAGCGGUCGGACUUACAUUCAAUGUUUUAUUUGCAAAAGGAGAGAUGACGUCUUUGGGACAGACUGUACUCAAAGACUCGAAGUUUGACAGUUAUUAACGACUGUAUAUUUGGAUUUUGACAGAAUGACAGCGUCUGGGCUAACUGUAUUUUCAACUAUAAAUCUUUCCAUCUUCCUCAGUCAUUUGAAUUUGAAGGUGGUUUUUUUGUAUCCAUUUUUUUUUUUUUUUUUUUGUUGUGGCAAGGUGAAUAUCCUUGCACACAGACAGACACUCACACAGACACACGAGCCUUGUCCGUCCUAACUGCUGUGUGUGUGGGCGAACGGGAUGGCUAUAUUAUGUACUUACUUGCCGUUAGCUUUGUGCUCAAAGAAAACUAUUAAUGAUUGUUUGUUAUAUUUAAUUUGAAGAAAUAAAAUGAGAAUUGCUGACAAUAAAUAAGGAAAAAUGAUUGCUUAGAGGAAAUUGAAGUUUAGUUGAUGGCGGCGAUGGAAAAUACCGCUAGCUCGCUAAAAGCUAAGAGAGAGUUGAAGGAAACAAAAGUCAAACAUAAUAUAAAGGAGAAAAGUUCAUAUAAAUGUGUGUGUUUUUUUUUUUUGUAGUCACAGUGCGUGUCGCAACCAUAAAACUAUUCAGUUUUGUGAUUAAAACCGUAUCGAAUUUGUGAACUAUCAUAAAAAAAAUAUAUAUAUAUAAAUGUGAAACGUAAACUAUUUUUGCUAGCUUUUAAGAUGCAUUUUUUUCUCAAAAUUACGCCUGUAUGUAUGUAAUAUGCAUAACGAUCUUAAUACCCAUGUAUUAUAUAUAUAUUAUAUUGUACAUUUUUUUUUUGUGUGUGGAAUUGCUGCAGUUAGGACAGGAAUCCCAGACACCAAUGUUGAGAAACUAACGAUCUACUUGCAGCUGACAGACAAUCAGAGUUGAAAUGAACUUAAAAUUACACUAUAUUGCACUCCGCUCCGUAAUCCCAAUAUUAUUAACCCAACCCGUUGACCCCGAAAAAUCCAUCAAACCAUAAUUAAACAUAUUUAGCCAAUUGUAAUUCGCGAAAAUAGGUUAACUGUACGCUGCAAAGAUCCGAUAUGGAAACGAAUUAAUUCUAAUUACAACACAUUUUCUGUGCGCAGUUUGUAGCCUAAGAAAAUUGUACAAUAUUGUAUUGAUAACGACAUCCCGGCAAAAGAUAAACGAUGAAUCAAACAAAAAAAAAAAUAUAUAUAUAUAUAUAUCUACGAAAUUAUACUGUACAAGAAAAAUAAAAUCAACUGAGGAAACAAUAAAAGUUAAACAUAAAUGUAAAAUCAUGCAACCG